AUGGACUUACUGAAUGGUUUGGAUAUCGACACCGUUCAGAUGAGCAGGUACAGGCCUGUUGCUGCUGUAAGCCAAGGAUCUGAGGAAUUAGAGGAAGAAUCUGAGUUUGAACUUGGACUUUCCCGACCUAAGGAAAAAGCUCAGUAUUCUCCAUUGUUCAAUUUCAAGCUCAAUUUAUCGAAGAUUGAAGAUCGGUUGAAUGGAACUACACAUGACAAUGCAGAUGACAAAGAGGAGACAAUUGAGGAAACUCAACUGGUUGAAACUCAAUACUUAGAUACUCAAGUGGUCGGUACGGAAAUUGAUAACACCUCUGCUUUCAAGACACAAAUUGACGAAGCUGUCGAAACAUACAGAAUACCCAGUGAGGAUGAGGAAAUAAAUCAUAGUCAAGUGAGACCAACCCAGUCUGAUUUUUCCAAACAAUCGUUGGUCCCAGUAAUCUCUCUCGCUCCCUCACAGGCCAAUGAUGAGGAAAAACCGGAACAAAAUACAGAAAAGGAACUAGAAACUCUCCAGAUACAACCAGCAUCAAAUUCUUUAACUGCCACUCUUGUUGAUAAUCCAGCCUAUGCCUGCCUUUCUAAAGAAGAUAAGAUUAAGUUUCGACUAUCACUCAAGUCUACUGCAGAUUCGACCCCAGAUGAUUUCAUCAACUCACAUGAGUUGACAGAUUUAAGAAGGAGCAUUUUGGAACUACAGAGUAAGCAAGAUAAAGAAAAAGAGUCUGGGUAUAUAGAUGAAGACAAUGACGACGGUCAGGUGGAGGAUCAUGAAAGGUUCCUAUCUGAGGAUGAUCUUCAAAAUAUUGUGUCCAAUAAUAAAUCAAUCAUCAAGGAGAAAAAACAAUCAAAAUUUACAGCAUUAAAAUUACUUGAAGAAUUCGAAAACGAUGAUAAUUUGGAGGAAAUCGGGGCUCAAUUCAUCAAAUCGUCUCCGAUCAGAAUCGAUAGCACGCCUAAUACAUCACCUUUGAAAGUGAGAGAACCUAUCAAGUCUCCUUUCCAGCUUCAAAACCACCAACCUCUUUCUAAUCCAUUACAACAAUACACUGUUAAAUUGAAUGAGACUAUCAGGACUGAUGAUAUUGGAGCCAAGUUAAUUGACCUCAGUUCUGAUGAAGACGAUUACAAUUUUCAGAAAGUAAAAGCCGAGACAAGUAAGGCAACCGUUCUUCAAGUCAAGGCCAAAUUUGCCCGCAAGAAGAAUCGUCAGGGAGGAGACAAACGAUUAGAGGGUCCAUUUGUGAACAAGUUUCCUGUUAAAGAUCUCAUUAGACAUGUUAAAGAAUCCAAUAAAUCGAAGAAUAAGAAGCUUUUCAAGUUAUUGAAGAACAAAACCAAGCAGCAGAUGCUUCUUUAUUUGAAAGACAACAAACAAGAGGAGGGAAUUGUUUACAAAUUGACUCAAGAGGAUAAAGAUCUUGAAGACCUUUUAACCCGUGAAUUGGAAAUGAAUAGAAAACUUAAGGAACGAGAACGUAGUAGUUCCAAGAAAUCUAACAAGGGAGAUACGCCUGACACCGAAGAAGUCCCUGAUAGUGCCUCUGAAGUUGAAGGAGAAGAUGCCGAAGAUAUUGAAGAGGAAAUUGGAACCAUCAAUCAAACUGAUGAUCUGGAGGAAGACAAUGAAGAUGAGAUUUAUUUAGGUGCUUAUGGAGGUCCCCACGAAGGUCCCCAACCUACUUCAAUGCAUCAAAGUAACCUCGACACCCAGAUAUCGAUAGACAUUGAACCUACCCAGAAACAUUCUCAAGAUCAACCUAACUCCAUGAAUCAUGUUGGUUACAACAAAGAAAUUAUUGAAACGGAUCAGGUUCAACUCGAUUCUUUAACUCAACUAGUCUCAGAAUCACAAUUCCCAUCAAUUCCCAAGACAGGAAUAGUAUCACAUUCUUCCUCCGAUGAAGAGGAUGAUGACGAUGAAGACGAAGCAGAAUCUCGUAGAAUUCAAGUAGACCUAAUGAAAAUGAAGAUGCAUAAGAAGGAGCUUCUACGAAAGAAACGUGAUAGAGAAAUGAAAUCCAAGAAACUAGAUCAAAUUAUGCAACAAGAAGCUGAAGAAUCUGAGGACGAGUAUCAAGGUAUGGGGGGAAUCGACGGAGAUUUUGACGACGAGGCCAAUAGUGAAGACGAGAAGAUGUUAGACGACUACUCCAAAAUCAAGCAGAGAGAAGAUAAGUUGCAAAGCCUUUUAGCCAAGACUACUAUUGAAGAAGAUAGAGAGCAGAUUAAAAAGUUGUUACACGACAUUCAAACUGGUAGGUUAAGACGAGGUCGUAGGAAUCAAGAAGAUCUAGAACUUAGUGAAGGUGAAGAUGAUCUUUUGAUGCAAUUUUACCGAAACAGAAGAGAGAAACAAAGAGAAAAAUUGAAGCAAGAGUUGGAGUCUGCUAACAGCUUCCAUAACAAUAAAAAAUCUAGGGCCUUUUUCGAAACUAUUAGUGACGUUCCUAUCAGAGUUUCCAGUGUGGAAUUAGAACAAGUGGUGGACGAUGAUGAAGAAGGAGAGGACAAAGAAGCAAAUGGUCAGGAAUAUAAUGAAUUAAAAGACAUACAACGUUCUGAAAAUGAAGCAGACAGUGACCAGUUUGAUGACGAUGAUGAAGAACCGAUCAAAGUAUCCAAAAGAGGGCGCAAACGGAAAGUCACAGAAGCCUUUGUUCAAAAGCAGCUGUCAUUCUUGCGAGAGGUCGAUGACGAAAACGAAUCCAUCCCAACACAAACUCAAGUCAUUGCAGAAGAGGACGUUGAAGAUGAAAUGGAAAUAUUAAAGUCUAGAGCCAGGUUUAGAAUUUCAAGGGCAGAGACUUUAUUGGAAGAAGAGGAAGCUCGCGUAACUGGGAAAAAGGCACAAGAAGAAGACUCAGAUCAGGAAGAACUGUUCGGAUCUCUUAGCAGAAAACAAUCGGCUGUUGGCUCCUUCAAGAGCUUUUCUAAUAGUAUGCAAUCUGCCAGCGACGGCAUCUUGGGCCAACAGAUUAAAAACGUUGAAUCGAGUCGUAGUAAUAUAGGAAGCGCAAAAGCUUCAGUGACCUAUAUUGCAAAGAAAGCCAAAAUCAACACCUUGGAAAUCAAAUAUAAGGUCAAUCAAAUAGACAGGACGUUAAAGGCUGCUAAAAAGAACAAAGACCGUAAACUGACAGCUCUUUUCAACAGAAAUAGAGGGUUUGAAUAA